CUUGGCGGGCACGCAAUUUUCCAACGUACCGUCGUCAUCAGUUUGCCAGUAGUGUCGAUGUUGACCGGUCCAUCGCAAGUAAGAGUAAGCUCCGUUCAGAAGUUGUGAUAAAAGAGAAAAUACACUACAAUAGUUCAAUUGUAAACCAAAAAAAUUCGUGAAACAGCAGACGCACAAAAACAACAUGCAACAACCAAGCAUUGUCAUCGUUGGAGCCGCCGUAGGUCCCGAGUCAACCACACUAAUUUGUCCCUCAUGUAGAGCUCAGAUAAGGACGCGAGUCGAGCACGACUCUACCACCAAGACGCACAUCAUUGCAUUACUUCUGUUUGUCUUCUGUUGCUGGCCGUGUAUCUGUGUACCGUACUGCUGCAAUUCCUGCAAGGAUGCAAACCACUACUGCCCGAACUGUAACGCAUUCAUCGGUAGCCAUAAGCACUAAUUUUUAACGACGACGGUUUUGUACCGGAGAUAUAUUGACCAAACGAUUAAAUGAUUCAGUUCCUUUUUCCAGUAUGUGACCAUAAACGCACAAUCGAUUCCAGAAUUAAUAUUAUAGGUAUAGGUAAUUAAAGUUUGUGAAAGAACAGAAAAAAAUGUAAUUUACACUACGUUGAUAACCAGUCGAGAAUUAAUUUUUAUACACAAAUAAACCCUUUUUAUCUAUAUCAGUAUUUCCUGGAAACGAGUGCCAAUAUAUUUUAUCUACAUCCACGAA